UCGCUUCAACUCUCUAGCUCUCUCCUUCACUCUCUCACUCACACUCUCGCUGAGCUCGAACCGCUUGGAUACAGUGCAGAGGACUUGGGGAGAGUGCUCUUUUCUUCUUCUGCGUUUCCUUCCCUCCUCUCUCCCUCGUGAGCUGUUGAUUUAGAUCAAUUCAUUGGGAUGAGGAUGCGUUUGUGUUAAGCUGCAACAAAGGAAGAGUGCACAAGAAGCAACAGGGGAGUAAUUGACUGCACGGAGAAACAGGAGACCUCCCCUCCUUUACAGGCUCAACAAGGGUGUCCGGUUGGACAACAGCAGCCAUGUGAUCGGGGGUGGCAGAGAGCAAAGAAUGUCCAGGAGGUUCAGCUAAAGCAGCCCUGCAGUGACAAUCUCCCCCUCUGGCGCCUGUUUUCAUGAGGACCCGAAGAUGACUGUCACCAGCCGGCAGUCCUUGAAUGUCCUGACAGUCAUCUUUCUCCUGCUGUCCACUGCAGCUCUAUCAGCUCAUUUCAGAGUGUGUGAACCAUACUCUGACCACAAGGGGCGCUAUCACUUUGGUUUCCACUGCCCUCGCCUUUCUGACAACAAGACCUACAUGUUCUGCUGUCACCACAACAACACAGCCUUCAAGUACUGCUGCAACGAGACUGAGUUCCAGACGGUCAUGCAGGUCAACCUGACUACCGCCACAGACGGCUUCAAACACAAUAACUAUACAGCCCUGGUAGGAGUGUGGAUCUAUGGCUUCUUCGUCAUGGUGCUGCUAGCCUUGGACUUCCUCUACUACUCGGCCAUGAACUAUGAGCUGUGCAGAGUAUACCUGGAGAAGUGGGGUCUGGGUGGGCGCUGGCUGAAGAAAGCCAGGAGCCAGUGGCACCAGCCAGUCCCAGGAGAGGAGAAUGAGACCCAGGCACAGACCCAGGGUCACCCCAUGGCCCUCAGCCACCAGCACCCCAGACACAGCCUCAGAGGAGAGGACCAGAGCCCCACGAACCCUAGCACGCCCCCACCGUCUGACUGAAGCUGCGAGAGGAUGAAUGGAUAGAGCAGCGAUGCUGAGCAGAGCACGCCGRAGAAGAUAGCACGGCUCCGACACCUGUCUCUGUCUGGCUGGAUUAUUUACACAGUAACAUACCACAGGGUGGCUGUCCCUGCCGGAGCUAGCAGUUAGCUAGCAGGACCUGCUCACCUCCAUUCCUCUAAACACCUUCACCACUGAACCAGCGGAACCAGGCCAAAGGUCAACACUAGACUACUAUGAAAGGUCCUGGCGAAUGGAGCUGCUGCUACCCAAACACUGUUAAGGAACAGGUCACAGGCACUGAAAGUGAUCAUGAAGAACCCCUGCAUGGGCUGGGGCUGUUCUAAGAGGACGCCAAUGGAAACUGAAACCGCAACUGAACAACUGAACAAGGGGGGCUUUGUUUAAUGUGUGUGUUUGAGUGUUGAUUGUACUUUGUUGCUGUGUGGGGUUAAAUUCAGUAGUAGUCAGAAGAGGUAGUGGGUGUAUCUCUUGGUGAUUUAUUUAAUGUAGACUAGUCAGGGACUUUUUACGAGUGGUAGACAUUCUACACGAUUCACCAUGAUGCUUAGCAUCUCUUUGGAGCUAAAAUUAGGACAUAGACUGGCUCAAUCGCUGAGGAUAGAUUUAAUGGGACGGUGAAGUCUAUGGAACAGACAUAUUUCAGCAUAAUGAACCUUUAUUGAAUACGGUGGCCCCUCCCCUUCAAGUCACCCUGUCAGCCCAGCAAUCAGGGAGAGUGGAGUGCUGACAAAAUAAUCACUUCAGUGGUUCCCACUGAAAGGUGUUACACUGCAAAAAAAGUGAAAUCUAAGCAAGUCUAAAUAUCUUCAAUUGAAAUAUCUUUCUUGUUUUUUCAGGGGAUAAAGCUCAACACUUCACUCAUUUCUGACAUGAACUUUCUUAUUGAUCCAUAAAGUGCAGUCUUUGUGGUGUUGGGAGGGGUGAGAGAAUAAAGCAUCUGUUCAGGUCAGCAGACUGGGAGGGGGAUGGAGUGUGAUGGGGGAAAGACCAGGCGGUAUAUAGUACUGUACCGGGUUAUGUCUCUACUCACUCUACCCCAAUUCUGAAGCUGUAACCUGCGAUCUGGCAGCAGCUUAGCCAGUACAUUUUGUGCAGAGAAUUCCUGGACUGUACGCACCGUGCAGCAGGCAAUACACCACAGUGUCGUUGGUAGGGGCCAACCAAGAGGGCAGACCCAUAAAUGGUUCUCUGGGAGUUACUGGAAAUACCACCAAUACUCCUGAACAGCCACUAGGCAGGAGGAGCAGGACAACUAUCCCCAAUAUACUAAAACGGCAAACUGAACCUGCCAAUUUAGACUAAAGCUGCUUCUCUGAAGUGUGCAGAGGCCCCAAAAAAGAAAGUGUUACAAUUUUCUGUUACAUCAAUGACCAUGGCUGGCAAUACACACUGAGUGUACAAAACAUGAAGAACACUUUCCAUGACAUAGACUGACCAGUUGAAUCCAGGUGAAAGCUAU